AUGGCUGCUGAAGCUUCACAAAGUAUAAGUCUGAAGGUCCUGGUUGUUAAUGAGAAAAAUAGAGUUAUUUUAGCCAAGCCCAAUAAGGAUUUUAUUGAUGUUCUCUUCAACUUCAUGACCAUGCCUCUUGGAAUUAUUAUUAGCCUCACUCGUGAGCACCCGCCAAAAGAGCCAUUUAGUUGCCUCAACAACUUAUAUGAAAGUGUUGAGAAUCUUGAGGAGGAACAUCUUCAAAGUGUGAAGUGCACGGAGAUGCUGCUUCAUCCCCAAAGUUCUGCAGAAUUGUACUGCAAGAACCUAAAAUUGAAUCUUGUUUAUAGUAAUUCUAAUGAGUACUAUGUCUGUGACAAUCCAGAUUGCCCUUUGAGUACAUCUAAGACUGCUCGUUACCGUUGUGGGAGUACCAUGAGUAAUGUGGAGAUGAAGGCAAUUUUAGUUGACCCAAAACUUGCUCCUGGUCUUGCUUGGAACAAACAGUUCAUUCUCAUCGAGGAAGCUUCUUAUCCACCAUUGUCGUAUGCUUCUUCCCUUUUUAAUGCAAAGCGUGUGCAGUUUUCUUUAGGGGAAACAAUACUGGCAAAGGAUUCAUGGAGGGAUCUUCCUUGUUUAUGGGGGCAAUUGCUUAAAACAUUAGCUAGAUUUUUCAUUAGAUCUAUGGCUGCUAAAGCUUUACAAAGUAUAAGUCUGAAGGUCCGGGUUGUUAAUGAGAAAAAUAGAGUUGUUUUUGCCGAGCCCAAUAAGGAUUUUGUCGAUGUUCUCUUCAGCUUCAUGACCAUGCCACUUGGAAUUAUUAUUAGCCUCACCCGUGAGCACCCGCCAAAAGAGUCAUUUGGUUGCCUCAACAACUUAUAUGAAAGUGUUGAGAAUCACGAGGAGAAACAUCUUCAAAGUGUGAAGUGUAAGGAGAUGCUGCUUCAUUCCCAAAGUUCUGUAGAAUUGUCCUGCAGAAACCUAAAAUUGAAUCUUGUUAAUAGUAAUUCUAAUGAGUACUAUGUCUGUGACAAUCCAGAGUGCCCUUUGAGUGCUUAUAAGACUGCUCACUGCCGUUGUGGGAGUACCAUGAGUAAUGUGGUAAGAUUAUCAAAUCCCACCUCUGUUCCUUAA